AUGGCGGAUUCAAUGGCCAGAAAAAGUGAGGACGGCAAACGCAAACGGUGCGAAAGUAGUCCGUCUACAGAAGCAACUUCUCAAGGAGGAGCAAUGCCGGGCGCGAAGAGGCACGCGACAUUGCACAGGAAAGCAGAGAGGCUUGAAGAACUCCAUGCGAGGGUUUGCAUUGUUUGUUACAAUCCGAAUGGUGGCAAUUUUUCGUUGUGGCCAAAGGAACCGGCCAAGGCCAGAGAAAUCAUCACGGAGUUCCGAGAACGUAAGAAAACCAGAUCGUCGUCAGGUGGAAGAAAGAAAGUGGUCAGGAUUUCGGAUUUGUUGGGAAGUAACUUGAAAAAGAAGCGCAAAGGAAAAAAGAAGGGUUUUGAUGAGAAAGAGAACCUGAAGCUUGGUAAGAUUAUAAAGGCUUUGAAGACCAAUAUACAAACUUUGGAAGAGAAUAUUAAUUCUUCUGUCGAGGGAAGAAAAACAGAAACUAAAAGGCUUUGA